UCUUGUGUGUGUGUGUGUGUGUGUGUGUGUGUGUGUGUGUGUGUGUGUGUGUGUGUGUGUGUGUGUGUGUGUGUGUGUGUGUGUGUGUGUGCAUGCAUGUGUGUCACCAUGCAUUUGUUUGUGCAAUCUUAUUCCUACAUGUGUGUAUGUCUGUGCACACUUGUCGCUAAGGGAUGAAUACGGAAAUUUUGCUCCAGCGAAUGAGCGAAUAUUCCCGGCUGUCAUGUGACUCUGUGAUGUCAAAGAGAGAGAAAGAAAACAGAGAGCGUGCGCGCAAGAGAGAGAGAGAGAGAGAAGGUGCAAUUUAGCCCCACAGCUGAUCCGUGCAGUGCUCAGAGAGACGCCGAGACGACCAGACACACACAUUCAUUCUCACUCUCACUUUUUUGCCUCGCCUGUAAACACACAUAUACACACAUGCACUUUGCAUACAUCCAUGCACUUCACGUUCAUCAGCUUAGUUACAAACACACAGCUGCAGGCUUUCACGUUGACAAGAGAAAGGAUGAAUGUUUUCCUCUACUUUCUAAGCUCUUAACUGUUUGGAUACUAAGGACAUCUCUGCCUCUCAGACUGGACUUAAACAGCAUUUGGAGGUAGAAAAAAAAAACAGGAAUCUGAAGACAGAGGGGAAAGAAGAAAUAAAACUACAAAUACAAGAAGGGAGCAGAAGCACAAGAGAGAACAGAAGAGACUGAGGCCCAGCGCGUGAGAAGAGUGACAGGAGGACCUGUAAACAGAGAGGGGAGAAUGUCCUUCCUGUCUGGCGCACCCUGGCAGCAGCCUGGCAUUAUAAGCGGCAGCAGCAGGUACGGACAACCGUCCAAUGGGCAUCAACAACAGCAGCAGCAGAUAUCUCCUGGUGCCCUCUCCGGUGCCAACAUCCCCGCGGCCCCGGCCUCAUCUCCACUGUCAACCCCAACCCUGGCCUCUGACCGGCACAGUGACUGGCACUGCCAAGGCCAGAUGGCAACAGGGGGGCAGGCUGCCAUAGCCUCACAGGAGGGGUCAAAAAUAACUUUGACGGAAGAGGAGGGGAAAAUAGGGCAAAGCAGGACUGAUGGAACGUUAUUUGGGAUGGAGGCAGAGGUGCCAGGAACGCAUAAACUCAAGAUGCCAGUGCUGAAGAUAGAGGACGAGGGGUCCGGAGGAGGACAGUCUUGGGAGGAGGGACGUAGGGUAGGAGGGUCAGGGCGGUCAUUAGGGAGUGCGGGACAAAGCCCCAGCAGCCCCCUGUCUACCCACUCCUCACCUUGCUCUUCAUUACCUUCCCCAUCUAUCUCACCGGGGAGAUCCUUCCCGAGUUCCGAGCUAAUCCAUCAAACCACAGCGAAACUUAAAGACGGAUUUCACAGCCAGGGAUCUCAAAUGUCUGUCCAAGGCAGGGGCUCACUCUCUCCCCCGAAACAGGCCUCACGGCUCGGGGAGAGAAACCCACUGAGCCCUUGCUCCACUGGAAAUAUGAGUCAAGGUAAUAAAGAUGCUGUUACGUCCUCAACAUAUGGAGGCCUUCUUGUAAGUGUGGAGGAUGAUUCGAUUGCAGGUCCGACCGAAAAUCUAACUCUCAAGACAUCUUCAGCAAAGCAAAGUGUUGAUACCCAACCUUCUGGUAACGCUCGUCUUGCUGCUGACUUAACAUGGAAUAAAGCCGUUUGCACUUCAGCGCCUUCAGCAGACCCGACUCCAGGCUUGGCUAUCAGAGCUCACGUCGAGGGAGGUCCAGCAGAGCCGAGUGGAGUGGAGAGGAAAACCUUAAGCCAUACUGAAAAGGGGAGAGUGGGAUCAUGUGACACCUUGAGCAGAGAGACAAAAACCAGCCAAAUGCCACAGAGGACUGCGGUGAGACGUGCGAUGUCUGACUGUUCACACCUGUCUGUUCCCAUGAUUAUGACCGGAGCGUACCCUACCGGUAUGGGCGUCCCAUCGGGAAUGAUACCCAACAUGCAAAACUUUGCCCUGAUGGCAACAGUCGGCCCACCGAGGGCGUCGUACCCACACGUGGCUGUCCGGCGCUCUCUCACAGUCACCGACGGCACAGAAGUUACAGCCGCAAUGGUGACGAUGAUGUCAUCACCAUUGUUGACAUCACCUGUAAUGCCAUCAUCUCCUCCUCCUAAGAGGCAUCAUGGAAGCUGUGAGACCAAUGUCUUACUCCCGGUUCCUCCCCCUACAGGAGCAUCAGCAAACAGCAUCCAGGAUAGUAAACUGACCAUAGCUGUGAAAUCUGACAACAAGGACAAACAAGAGAAGGCGGACUUCAUGUCCAGCAAGACCGACGCUUUUGACAAAAAAGAGAAAGACGAGCAGCAGAAGAAGGACAACGCAGCCGACAAAAAUCAGAAGAUCGUCAAGGAUGACGACAAAAUGGACAAGAUGAAUGCGGAGAAAAACAACAAGGCCAACGAGAAGGCGGAGAAAGUGGACAAGCCGGAGAAGACCAACAAAGACGAGAAGAAGGAAGAGGAGAAGAAGCCGGCCGAGAAGAAGGAGGAGAAGGGAGGUAAAGGCACGGCCAAGUCCCCGACAGGAAACAGUGGCAAGACCCUGCCGAGCCCUGACAGCAAGAGCAAGCCUGAGAUGGUUUCAUCGAAACCAAACUCAGCCAGUUCCCGCCCAUCCACCCUCUCCACCAAUGGCGUGGCCACUUCAGCCAAACACUCCUCCCCUUCCACAGCCCCAGCCAAUAAAAAAAGUCCUGCCCCCAAGGCGACCACACCCACCGCUGCCAAGCGGCCACCAACUGGCUCUGCCAAGGCUGCUAAGACUCCAGAAAACGGCACAGCUGAGAAACGCCCACCUGUGCAAAAGGCCACGCCCACACCUCGCCCGACGGCCAAUAAGAAUGGCUCCUCUGCAAACGCUGCCAGUAAAGCUGCAGCAAAUAAGAAUGAGAAGAAUGAGAGUAAGACAGGAGAGGCCAAGAAACCCAAGACUGCAGCUCGUCCUCGCCCUGUCUCCUCCACCACUCCUGCUUCUCAGGCUGCUUCAACCAACGGGGACGCCGCUCACCGCCGUAGGGUCAUCACCAAACCCCCUGUGCCCAAGCAGACCCCGAUGGAGAAGAAGCCACCAGUGCCCCGUGCUCCCCGAACCCCCCGACCCAUCAACGCCCCAACACCUGACCUGAAGAACGUCCGCUCCAAGAUAGGAUCCAUCGACAACAUAAAGUACCAGCCGGGUGGAGGAAAGGUGUCCUCCACCCCGAACAACAAGACAUCAGACCCCUCCAACCCAGCCGCCAAGGCCAGAGUUCAGGUAGUGCACAAAAAGCUGGACUUCAGCCAUGUCACGUCUCGCUGUGGCUCCAAGGACAAUAUCAAACAUGUCCCUGGAGGUGGCAAAGUGCAGAUCCUGAAUAAGAAGGUUGAUGUGAGCAAGGUGACGUCCAAAUUGGGUUCCAAGGACAACAUGAAAUAUAAGCCAGGUGGAGGGGACGUGAAGAUUGAGUCGCACAAGUUAAACAUUAAAGCCAAGUCAAAGGUCGGAUCCAUGGACAACAUAGGGCCGGGAAACGGACAGACCAACGGACAUAAGGAGGAGAAAACAGAGGAGAAAACAUCUUCACCCCCGAGUGGCGCUCCAACAACAGGACCAGCAGGCGUUGCCAAGGCAACCGCACCAGGAGGUGUUUCUAAGGAGAACGGGGUGAAGGAGGCUACGACUAAUCCUUUUGGGGGAGACGGACUGAGGGAGCCCCUUAGCAUAGACAAACGCAUCACUGAGACAAAUUGAGUCUCAGUGACAUGUAGAUUUUGGUGGGACGGGCAUGACCCUCGCCGACCUGCCAAUCAAACCGACCGACCAAACCCACCACGGCGCAGUCACUUUCCUCUGGCCCCGCCUCUUCAUCUCGCCCACCGCAGCACCGAAACUGACCGAUCGCCUCUCAGUGUUUCUCUGGGGGUCCACCUACAAGCUUCCUGCUAACCAACCCUGACCUUUGACCUCUAGAUGCCAUUCUGUUAACCAGUGGCUCUGCCCACAACAGAGAAGAGCACUUGGUGUCUUUGUCCGUGUUUCUCUGUGCAGGGUCCAAGUAUUUUCUCCACUGUUACAAUUCCCCUGACAGCUCAACAAAAUAAUCACUCAAAUGAAAAUGACUGCACUGAAUUAUUCUGAUCCCAGCCACUUUUCUCAUCGAGUAUUUCUACCAUGCAUAUCCUUAAAGCACAGCAUGCUGCCUCUGUGGUUUAUAAAAUGUCAUGAUUCUCACAAGCAGCAGUAAAAAUGUGCAGGGACAGGCGCUUCUGUAGAGCAGAGAAGGUGUUAUCUGAGAAGUUUAGAAAUAGAUCAACAAAAAAAAAAACAGUUUCUGUGUCAGCAUAGGAUCCCAGUCCUCCUGCUCUGACUAAUCACUAGAUCCGGACCCUUGCACAUAUAUAUGACCCCUGACCCCCAGCGGAGAGAGAUGGCAGACGGACACGCUCAGUGCUCUUCUUCUCUCUUGUGACACACUUCACUUCUUGGUCAUGUGGUUUCACCCCAGUGAAGAGAGGGCGGGGCUGUAAGAGCUUCACCCUCUUUCAAAGUCCUCCCUCUAGUCAGUGCGUCAGAAUCCUCUCUGAGAGACCUGCUAACUCUCUUCACACAUUAACACAGAAGCACAGAUAUAUAUAAAUAUAUUUAUACAGGAAAGCACACACAUGCUUGUUGGUGUGCAUGCACACAUACACAGACACAAACAGAGAUCAGCACAUUUACACACAGACAGUAUCACACACACACACACACACACACACUAACACACAUCAGUCAAACAAACACAGUCAGCUCGUCAUGGCUUCAUUUCUCUGUCCUGGAAAGAAACCGCCUCUUUAUUGUGUUUUUGGUGGUAUCUGCUGAUAUUGUUAAAACAACGAUGAGCUGUGUUGGUGCAUCCUCCCCCCCCAUCAUAGUCUCACAUUGUCAUCAUAGGCUCGCCUCAUCCUGCCCUCUUUCUUGUGUGCUUCCUCGAUCUGCAUUUAUCUCCAACUUUGUGACAGCAAUACAGUGACUGUAGUCGGCGACGCCCCCUUGUUAGCCCUGCGAACAGAUUUCACACGGAUAGAGAAAGACAGACGGGCGGA